UAAAGUUGUUGUUGCGGCUUCCGCCGUGGGUGGAGGAAGAUGGCGUCGGGGGGUGGUGGCUGUAGCGCUUCGGGAAGACUCCCUCCGCCCUUCCCCGUCCUGGAGCCGGAGUCCGAGGGAGCGGUCGGGGGGUCAGAACCAGAGGCCGGGGACAGCGACACCGAGGGGGAGGAUAUUUUCACCGGCGCCGCGGAGGCCAGUAAGCCGCAGUCUCCAAAGAGAAUUGCUUCCCUUCUUCCCAUCAACAGUGGCUCCAAAGAAAAUGGGAUCCAUGAGGAGCAAGACCAAGAGCCACAGGAUCUCUUUGCAGAUGCUACAGUGGAGCUAUCCCUGGACAGCACACAAAAUAAUCAGAAGAAGGUGCCAGCCAAAACACUCAUUUCUCUUCCUCCACAGGAGGCCACAAAUUCUUCUAAGCCCCAGCCAAGCUAUGAGGAGCUAGAGGAAGAAGAACAGGAAGACCAAUUUGACUUGACAGUUGGUAUAACUGAUCCUGAGAAGAUAGGGGAUGGUAUGAAUGCCUAUGUGGCCUACAAAGUUACAACACAGACGAGCUUACCAAUGUUCAGAAGUAAACAGUUUGCAGUGAAAAGAAGAUUUAGUGACUUUCUGGGUCUUUAUGAGAAGCUUUCAGAGAAACACUCCCAGAAUGGCUUUAUCGUCCCUCCUCCCCCAGAGAAGAGCCUAAUAGGAAUGACAAAAGUAAAAGUUGGGAAGGAAGAUUCUUCUUCUGCAGAAUUUCUUGAAAAACGGAGGGCUGCUCUAGAAAGGUACCUUCAGAGGAUUGUGAAUCAUCCUACCAUGUUACAGGACCCUGAUGUCAGGGAGUUCUUGGAAAAAGAAGAGCUGCCACGUGCCGUGGGUACCCAGACAUUCAGUGGUGCUGGUCUCCUCAAGAUGUUCAACAAAGCCACAGAUGCAGUCAGCAAAAUGACCAUCAAGAUGAAUGAAUCAGACAUUUGGUUUGAGGAGAAGCUCCAGGAGGUAGAGUGUGAGGAACAGCGCUUACGGAAACUGCAUGCCGUUGUAGAAACUCUAGUCAACCACAGGAAAGAGCUAGCGCUGAACACAUCCCAGUUUGCAAAGAGUCUCGCCAUGCUUGGGAGCUCUGAGGACAACACAGCAUUGUCACGGGCACUCUCCCAGCUGGCUGAGGUGGAAGAAAAGAUCGAGCAGCUCCACCAGGAACAGGCCAACAAUGACUUCUUCCUCCUUGCUGAGCUCCUGAGUGACUAUAUUCGCCUCCUGGCCAUAGUCCGCGCCGCCUUUGACCAGCGCAUGAAGAUGUGGCAGCGCUGGCAGGAUGCUCAAGCCACACUGCAGAAGAAGCGGGAGGCUGAGGCUCGGUUGCUGUGGGCCAACAAGCCUGACAAGCUGCAACAGGCCAAGGAUGAGAUCGUAGAGUGGGAGUCUCGGGUGACUCAGUAUGAAAGGGACUUUGAAAGGAUUUCAACUGUGGUCCGAAAAGAAGUGAUACGGUUUGAGAAAGAGAAAUCCAAGGACUUCAAAAACCACGUGAUCAAGUACCUUGAGACACUCCUGUAUUCACAGCAGCAGGCUGGGGAGCAGUUGGGAAGCAGGUCUGGAAUACUCCUAACCAAGAAAUGCCCAGGUAUAGCCAGGUAUAGUUACUUCCUCUCCACAGGAGUUCACAAGCUUCUGCUCCUGCUUCCCUAAUGGAACUGGAAUUUCCUUUUCUCUGUCUACCUCAGCUACCUGUUCUGAGGGUCUCUUAAUCUAUUUAACUCUUACUCCUACUUCUUUAGGGAAGGAGUUUUAAACACAUCUCUUAUAAUAAGAGGGACAAAAGCAAUUCUCCUGCAGAGGAGGCCAGCUUUCACUUUUAUUCCUGCCCUGUUUCCCUCAGCUGCCCAGGGUUCUCUGAGAGUCUUGCUUUCUGAUCGCAAAGCCUUGCGUUCUGAACAUCUUUUUGCCGCCCAUCAAAGCAUGUCCUCAGUAGACUGGUCCAUGUUAAAAAUGUAAAGGACUUUAGCCCACUGACAACAGAACCAGGCACUCUGCCUCUAGAUAAAGUCAUCCCAGAAUUCCUAAACCUUCUGAGUUCCAAGAAGCUUCACUGUCUGUGCCCAGGAGGGAGCAUGCCGGCCAGAGGCCCGAGUGUGGUCAGCACAAGCCGAGGGCGUUCAAAGGGGUCUCUGUGCUGGCCUGGGCGGGGAGGCCCGGUCUUGGAGCACCGUUGCCGGGCUUCCCCUCAGCUGUCCGCAGCCGCUAAGCUUGCUGGUCAGAGCAGACUGUGAAGCUGCUCUGUGGGACAGGCUGGCAGGCUGCCUGCAUGCGGGAACCUCCCCACUCCCAGCCCUACCAGCUGCAGAGAUGCCCGGCUCUGUCAGUUGUUCUGGGGGCAAUGUCAACCUUUGGGGAGGGCAGCGUGAGGUAGGAACCGGCAGUAAACAGCAAGCAGCGCUGAUCUCCAGUCCACCAGCCUGACGGGGAGUGCCAGUGCCGGCAAGUACUUUUUCAAUAUGUGGAUUUUUUUUUUUUUUUUUUUUUUUAAGAAAACGUCACUCAAUCUCUCCCUCCCCGUUAAUAUCCUUUUUUUUUUUAACAUCUUUAUUGGAGUAUAAUUGCUUUACAAUGGUGUUAGUUUCUGCUGUAUAACAGAGUGAAUCAGCUUCCCCUAAUAUCCUUAUUACCACCUUUGAUUUUAUCCUUCCAGUCUUACUUAUAUGCUUGCUCUGCUUAGUUGUAAUAAUAUACACAUAAAAUAUUUUGUAUCCUGCUUUUAUCAUUCAACACUGUAUAAGUUAUAAGCAUUUUUUCUAUUUUGUUAUCUAUCUUCACAGACUUUAUUUGUAAGGCUGUGUAAUUAAGGCUUCCAUAGAGUGACUGUACCAUAAUUCUGACUCAUCCCUUGCUGUUGGAUUCCUGGUUUGUUUGGUAACUUUUAAAAUUUUAAUAUGAUUUUAAACUUAUAGAAAAGUUACAGGAAUAUCACAAAGAACUCCCAUAUAUCCUUUACCCACAUUUACCAAGUGUUUACAUUUUUAUCCCAUUUGCUUUAUGACUUACGAUUUGCUUUAUCUGUAUUUACAUGUUGUAUUUUCUGAAUCAUUUGAGAGUAAGUUGCAGGCAUUGUACCCCUUUACCCCAAAACUUCAGUAUGCCUUUCCUUAAGAAUAAGGACAUCCUCUCAUAACUUAUAACCAUAACCACUUAUCAAAGACAGGAAGUAUAACACUGAUAAAAUACUGUUAAUAUAACACGUGCUCUCUAUUUAAAUUGUGUCAGCUGUCCCAGUAAUGUCCUUCAUAGUGAUUCCUGGUACAGGACCAUGUGUUACAUUUAGUUAUGACACAUGACUACAUGUGUCUCUUUUAAUCCAGACUUCUUGAGCCUUUCCUUGCCUUUUAUUACCUUGGCAUUUUUGAAGAAUACAGUCAGGUAUCUUUUAGAAUGUUCCUCAACUUGGAUUGGUCUCAUGGUUCCACAUGACUAGAUUAGGUUUUUGUAUGUUGGGCAAGAACAUCACAGAAGUGACAUGUCCUCAGUGCAUCUUAAGUUGGCAUGUGAUGUUAGUUGGUGCCAUUAAUGCUGACAUUAACUCUGAUCUCUUGGUUAAACUGAUGUCUGCCAGGUUUCCCUUUUUAAAUUUACUCUUUUCCCUUUUGUAAUUAACAAGUUAUUUGUGGGGAGAUACUUUGAUAUCAUGUAAAUAUUUUGUUCCUCAUCCAGUGUGAUUUUCUAACUCUAUAGUUUCUUCUACAUUUAUUGUUUUGCAUUCUACUUCUAAAGAACAGCAUUUUUCCUCCCUAUUUAUUAAUCUACUUGUUUAUAAGUAUGGAUCAGUGGAUUCCUAUUUACUCAAAGUUGCAAGUAAUUGCUUUAAUUUGUUUUGAUUCUCAAACUGUCCCAGAUUUCUAGCAGGCUCCUGUGUCUUUUUAACAUAUCCCUUUCUUUUUUUUUUUUUUUUAACACUUUCUUACUUUCUGGCUUAACAAGAUGUUUCAGGCUUAUCUUGUAUCUUCCCUGCCCCAACCCUGGAAUCAGCCAUUUCUCCAGGGAAUCUUGAUUCCUUUUAAUGGAGAAUGAUAUUUAGAAACCAAGAGGUGGGUGCUGAGUGUGCCCAUUGCUACUGGAAUGUCAUUGCUUCUAGGCUCUUGGCAGACAGAACAAGGAAAUAGCUACAGAUAAAAAUAUAUGGAAAUAUUGAGAGAGAUGGAGAUAGAUGAUAUAAAGAAUUAGAUAUUAAAAAUCAUGAAUCCACACUGAUAUUUUCAGUCUAGCCCCAUAAAGUUUAUUCUUAUCUUCUCCCUUUCCAUAUUUGUAACUCUUUUCUCCAAACUAAAUUUUAAAACUUUCUCCUUGCUUUGUUAUGUUCCAUCCAGUGAUCAUCUUGAUGUAAGUCUGUUUUUAUUAUUUCCUUGGGAUGGGCUCCCUUCUGGUUUCAGAACUUCCUCCUUGGCCUCCUGUCCCAAGGCUGAUAGGGCCAGCUGUCUUUGGGACCUGUGCAUUUCUGUGCAGAGCUUGCAGACAUGGAAAUUAAGAAGGCCAAUAGCAGGUUAAGUGUACUGGGCUGUAUUCAGGGGAUAGUGCCACGAAGAUGGAGUCAUUCCACCUGGGGACUCAGGAGAAAGAAACUGGAGAAGGGGAUGCUUGAGCUGUCUUAAAGGUGAAGAGGUGUUUGCUUCUUCUGCUGGGACCAUUCUGCCUCCCUGUGUCGUGUAGUGGGAGGUGGGCACAUGUAGGGAAAUGCAAGCGGCUCGAUGUGGGCAGAGUUAAGUUAGUGGAUGGCCCAUGGAGAGUGACGAGCAGAGCCGGAUCACACAGUGCCUGUGACCUGUGGGGCACUUUGAGCAUUAUCCUGCAAAUGUGGGGAGCUCCUGGAGGGACUUAAGCAGGAAAUAACAUGGUCACAUUUGUGAUGUAGAUGUAUCAGAAGGUUUGAGACUGGAGGCAAGGAGAGCCUGCUAGAGUGCCGAGGAGGGCCGUAGUAAUGGUGCUGGAGAGAGAGGUGGAGAAGCUGGCGAAGAGCCACUGUGGUCUGGCCACCGAUCUGAUGAGAGGCCCGAGGGAGAGUGUGGUGGCUGGCAUGAGCCGCCAGCUUCUGGCUUGGAUUUCAGGGUAGACGGUGAAGCCUUUCAUGACAUAGGUAAUACAGGAGGCCAAAUGGGUUUGGAGCAGAUGGGCAGGAAAGCAGUGGGCACAGCAAGUGCUGACCGUAUCAGAGGCUCCUCUAAAUGGGAAGGGAGGACUGUGCUGAGAGGUGCGGGAGAUCCAGAGUGAAAGCUGGCUUUGUUUUAUUUAAAGGUGGGUCAGACCUAGCAUGUUAAUAAAAUUCAGAGGAGAUAAAGGGAAUAGCCAUCAGCUCUGUCUGGGAGUAAAUGCAAAAAUGCACAGAGCAGGGAUCCUCGCUGCUGGGUGUGGCUGGGGAAGAAUUAAAAUGUUCCCAGAUAGGAAUAUCUAGUUUACCUAUUUUGAGUCAAGUGGUUUAGAGAAGAGGUGUGGAGAGGCACCUUACUUCUCCUACUUCCCCUUGGGUUAUUUCCCCCAUGAAUCUCUGGGCUCUGGAGUCCUGAAGGUGAGGGCUUAGAGCUGGAGGGACCCCAACGAGGAAGAGCAGUCAGUGACAGAACAAAUGCAAGAAGUAGAAAUGAUUGGAAGCGUCACACGUAGAUAUUUGUAACAUUAAGCUCUUUCCAGAUGCUUUUCAUUGUGAAUGCACCUGUAGCUGAGAACGCUAAAGAAAAUAAAGAAUACCUGUGCAGCUCAAAUUUUUAAAAGCAUGAGAAGAUAAUGGAAAUCUAAAGAUGGGGCCAGGAACUGGUUGAGGAGGGAACAUGGUGAUGGAAGGAGUGUCCUUUGCUGAGCGUGCUUAGGGUCCACAUGGGAUUGAAGACCAUGGAUUCUGAGGGACAGCAGGCCCUAAGGUGGUGAGAUUUUCCCCACCAGUUCCAGCAGCCUGGGGGUUGGGAGGAGGGGAAGCGGAAGAGAAUGGUGAUCCCUCCUGCAGCAAGGAAGGCACACAGCUGCAGUUGCCACAUGACUGAACCGGACACCCUGUCUUCAGAGUCACUGGCUAAGAUUCUCAGCUCCACAUUGGGGAAGAGGCAGGCCUGAGCUCAGAGUUAGAAAUGCACUAGAACAGCUUAUCCCUGUCUUCUGGCCCCGGGGUUGGUGUGACAUCUGCCAAUGUCUUGUGAUACCACUUGUGUGGUUUAAUGUUGGCUCUCUCUGCCAAACAAUAAAAAUUCUGAAUAUUUGAUUUAGGCCUUAGAGUAUCAAUAGGAGCUCAACUGCUACAAGGGAUAGGUUGAGAGGAGGCAGGUGACUGAAGCACAAAAAGCAAUUUAAGGCAUAAAAAAAAUUAGACAAUAAACUCUCCAAAGUGGAACAUCUUUAUCACUCCAUGGCCCCUGAAAAGAUCUGGGCUUAAAAUAGGUGCCAAAUAUCAAUAGAUAACUGUUGAGUGAUCUCCAUUUGUAGGCUCUGCCACCUGGCCUUCACAGCCUUCUGUGAGAGGACCCCAGCUCGACUUUUCCUGUUUAUCUCCUAGUCCUUCACAACAGUGCGCAUACCUCAUGGAAACGGAUUCCACAUAUGCUCCUUCCUUCCUCACUUCUGUGUGGCCUAAGAAGCCUUUAUUAAUAUUGGGCUUUGUUCCUGAAGCACCCUAUCUCAGCCCCCAUCCCUCCCUUCAAUCUCAGAAUUACACCUGUCUGAAACAGCCAGCCUUCAGUAUUGUGGAUGAGUGUGAAUAGAUAGAGAUGAGGGCGUUGGUUAAUGUGUCAGAACAUUCACUGGGGAUUCCCAUAGACACCUCUAGAAACUAACUCCAUGAAGAAGACUAUGCAAAGAGGCCCAUCAUAGCAUUGUUUACAGUUGUAAAAUUUGAAAUCAACCUAAAUGUACAGCAGGAAGGGAUUAAAUGAAUUAUGGUACAUAAUUAGAUAUUAUACAGUCAUUGAAGAUGAUAUAUAGCUAUAUUUAUUGACAAGAAAAACUCAUUUUUGAAUGAAAAUAGGUUAUAGAAUUACAUGUAUGAUAUGGUCUGCAUUUAUAUAAAAUCAUAAUUAUAUAUAUAUGGGAAGGAUGUUGAUCAAAUUGUUAACUAUGGUUGCCUCUAGGGAUGGAAUUUUGCAUUAUUUAAAAUUUUUAUACUAUUUGAUAUUGCUUGGAAUUUCUGUGUAUUACUUUUAUAAUCGUAAACAUUAAAUAAAGCUAUUUUCAUUAUGGGAAAACAAUCCACUGCAUCCUUUGAGGCCUACUUUAUAUGUACAUCUCUGGGAAGCUUUCUUUGAUCUACUCUUCACCUGCCCCCGACCC